AUGGCGAUGUUAGUUGAGCCACCGAAUGGGAUUAAACAGCAAGGGAAACAUUACUACUCGAUGUGGCAAACAUUGUUCGAAAUCGACACAAAGUAUGUUCCGAUCAAACCCAUCGGAAGAGGAGCUUACGGUGUGGUCUGUUCAUCGAUCAACCGAGAGACAAACGAGAGAGUCGCCAUUAAAAAGAUCCACAAUGUGUUUGAGAAUCGAGUUGAUGCCUUGAGGACGUUGAGAGAACUCAAACUUCUUAGGCAUGUGAGGCACGAUAACGUGAUCGCGCUCAAAGAUGUCAUGUUGCCUUCGAAUAGAUCGAGUUUCAAAGAUGUUUACUUGGUUUAUGAGCUCAUGGAUACUGAUCUUCAUCAGAUCAUCAAGUCCUCUCAGUCUCUCUCCGAUGAUCACUGCAAAUACUUCUUGUUUCAGUUGCUCAGAGGGUUGAAGUAUCUUCACUCUGCAAACAUACUUCACCGGGAUUUGAAGCCAGGGAACCUCUUGGUCAACGCGAACUGCGACUUAAAGAUUUGUGAUUUCGGGUUAGCGAGAACGAGCAGAGGCAAUGAGCAGUUCAUGACUGAGUACGUGGUUACACGAUGGUACCGAGCUCCUGAGCUUCUUCUCUGCUGCGACAACUACGGAACCUCCAUUGAUGUUUGGUCAGUGGGAUGCAUAUUCGCAGAGAUUCUUGGCAGAAAACCGAUUUUCCCUGGAACAGAAUGUCUCAAUCAGCUUAAGCUGAUCAUCAAUGUUGUUGGUAGCCAGCAAGAAUCGGAUAUACGGUUUAUAGACAACCCCAAAGCCAGGAGAUUCAUAAAGUCUCUACCUUUCUCGAGGGGUACGCAUCUAUCUAAUCUUUACCCUCAGGCUAAUCCUCUAGCUAUAGAUCUGUUACAGAGGAUGCUCGUGUUUGAUCCGACCAAGAGAAUCUCUGUGACCGAUGCACUCUUGCACCCGUACAUGGCGGGUCUGUUUGAUCCUGGUUUAAAUCCUCCUGCACAUGUCCCUAUCUCUCUUGACAUAGACGAGAACAUGGAGGAGAGAAUGAUCAGAGAGAUGAUGUGGGACGAGAUGCUUUAUUACCACCCUGAAGCAGCUGUAGCCGCAAACGCCUAA